GACGGGAUAAGUAAUUUGGGAUAACUUGCUUUCUAACCAGACGAGAAGAGUUUAGCAAACAGAAAGUGAGGGUGCAAAGUCUGAAGUAUGCAGAAACAGCCGGGCUGAAACACAUGUUUUUACUGCAACACAAUGGGACAACAACACUCAUAAACUAGUGAACCCGAGCAAGCACUACACCGCCGUUAAUGGCAUUCAAUUACCUUACCCGUCGUGCUCUUUCUUCAUCAUCCAAAAUCCCUCUUCUUUAUCAAUCUAAACUCACAAACUCACAACAACAACCAAUCACUCUCCAACUAUACACCUGGGGACGCGGUGCUUCUGGUCAAUUAGGUGGUGGUAUUGAAGAAAUACGAAUAUACCCUUCACCUAUUGCUUCUUUCUCUCUUGACCCCACCACUUUCCGUUUAUCUUCACCUAUUCCCGGUCGUCUUCCAACUUCUGUGGGAAAUAAGGUUGAUGAUGACGUGGAAAUAGGGAUUUCUUGUGGGCUUUUUCAUUCGGGUUUGUUGGUUGAUGGGAAUUUAUGGAUUUGGGGUAAAGGUGAUGGGGGUAGGCUUGGGUUUGGUCACGAGGAUCCUGUUUUUGUUCCUACUUUGAAUGCUCAUUUGGAAAAGGUGAAAAGUGUUGCUCUUGGUGGCCUUCAUUCCGUCGCGCUUAACUCUCUUGGACAGGUCUUCACUUGGGGUUACGGUGGCUUUGGUGCUCUUGGCCACAAAGUUUAUCAUAGAGAGCUGGUCCCUAGAUUAGUUGAGGGACCUUGGGAUGCAGAAAUAUGCCACAUUGCAACCAGUGGGACGCAUACAGCUGCUAUAACAAAAUCAGGUGAGCUUUAUACUUGGGGCCGAGAUGAAGGGGAUGGUCGAUUGGGCCUUGGUCCAGGUCGAGGUCCAAAUGAAGCAGGUGGUCUUAGCAUCCCUUUAAAAGUAAAAUCACUUCCUGUGAGCGUAGCUGCUGUUUCAUGUGGUGGGUUUUUCACAAUGGCACUUUCAGAAGAGGGAGAGCUUUGGAACUGGGGAGCCAACUCGAACUAUGAGCUCGGAAGAGGUGGCAAAGUAGGUGGUUGGAAACCGCAACUAGUUCCAAGCCUUGAAGGUGUUCGUGUUAUUCAGAUAGCUAGUGGGGGAUAUCAUUCUCUAGCUUUGACUGAUAAAGGAGAAGUGCUUUCAUGGGGUCAUGGAGGCCAUGGUCAACUGGGUAAUUCUUCUCUUCAAAACCAGAAAGUUCCUACCCCAGUUGAGGCUUUGGCCCACGAGAAAAUCAUCUAUAUAUCAUGUGGAGGUUCAUCAUCGGCAGCUAUAACCGAUGGUGGGAAACUGUAUGUGUGGGGCUAUGCAAAAGAUUGUCAAUUGGGUGUUCCAGGAUUGCCGGAGAAACAGUCAUCUCCUAUUGAAGUCAAGUUUCUUAUGGAGGAUGAUGGACUUGGGAACCAUAACGUGCUUUCAGUAGCCAUUGGUGCUUCUCAUGCCAUGUGCUUGGUUUCCAGGUCAGGUCACUGAAAGGUCGAAAGCAGAUCACUCUGUUUGUAUAAUGUCUCAAUAGCGUUAAAGCAGUUUUCUGCAGCCUUUUAUCUGGUAAAUACCAGGCAAAAUUUAGAGUUUAGGCCCUUGGAGAAGAUUAUUGUUCCAGGAACUUUAUUUUCCCCUAGCAAGAGAUCUCCGCAGGUUUGAGUUUUUUCUGAAAUAAAUAUUGAGAUGCUUAUUAAUCACGAAGCAACAGCUAGGAUUAGGGCGCAGUACAUGUGCUUUUCACAGGCUUUUUGAUUGCUCAUAUAGGUUUGUGAUGUAGCAGCUUUUGAGCUCUGAAUGUUGUAAAGAAAUAACGACAGGCUCUUCAUAGGAAUUGUUUUGCAUCUUCUUGAUUAGCUUGAUAAUCAGUUUUUCUUGACAUCUGAUACUAGGUUUUCUAAGUGGUGAACCUGAGAGAUAGAAGAGAAUACCUGUUAAGGCUUUAGCAUUUUGUUUGUAUAAAUCUCUUUGAGUUAAUAUCUGCAAAAGCUCAUUUUGAUGAUUCA